ACGAAGAGUUGAGGGGAAAAAAAUCUAGAAACUUCUCUCGUCCAGCCCACAGAAUCCACCGAGCCACGGCGUCACCGCCAGCGCCACUGACAUCUCCGGGAAGGAACCGAACGGACCCCCGAGAAAAGAAUCGGUGCGUCGGAAGGAAGAGCAAUCCCGCGGUGGCGGAGCGAGUACCCAGUCCCUACGGCGAGGGAUGUGGUGGGAGUGGGAAGGCGGCGGUGGGGAAGCGCCGCGGGAGGAGACCCCCGUCGACUUCGACUUCAUCUCCCUCCUUUCCAAGCCCAAGGAUUACUACAAGAUACUGGAAGUAGACUACAAUGCGUCAGAGGAGACGAUCAGGUCCAGCUAUAUCCGCCUUGCACUGAAAUGGCACCCUGAUAAGAAGCAGGGCGAAGAAAGUUCAACCUCCAAAUUUCAGGAAAUUAACGAGGCAUACCAAGUUCUGAGUAAUCCUGCAAAAAGGCAAGAGUAUGACAAGAAAGGCAUUCUAUAUGUUCAAGAUCAGAAUGUAGUGGACUACCUGAACCGGCACAAGGGGCUAAUACUUACCUGCAAUGGUCUUGGCAUAAGGUACUCAGUAUGGUGAACAUGCUCAGGGGUCCACAGUUUGCACCCAUCUGCAGUCUUGGAGAAUCUAAUUGUAAAAUAGCAUUGAUCUGAAAAUGAUAUAGUGCAGCAGUGCCACGUUUGAAAGCCAAAGAUUUGGCAAUGAUAUAGUGCAGCAGUGCCACGUUUGAAAGCCAAAGAUUUGACAACUUGAGUUCAUCCUACAACAGAGUUGAUUUUUAUUUGUCGAUCAGCUGUUGUUGAAUGAAAGAAGCAGAUAUGUUCCGGCUGCUCCUUGUAUGUAACGUACUUUUCCUAACCUAUGCCAUGUAAGCGUCUGUUUCUGUCUUGGCGCUUUAUGUUGACGUUAAGUGAAUUUGAAUGUCUAUGGAAUACAGAGUGGUAUCAUGUUCCUUCCCCGGAAAC